UUGGAAGUUCAACAUAACAACAACAUAAAUCUGCAAGAAUGACUGGCCGUGGAAAGGGAGGCAAAGGACUCGGAAAGGGAGGCGCCAAGCGUCAUCGCAAAGUUCUGCGUGACAACAUCCAGGGAAUCACCAAGCCCGCUAUCCGUCGUCUGGCUCGUCGUGGAGGAGUCAAGCGUAUUUCCGGUCUGAUCUACGAGGAAACCCGAGGUGUCCUGAAGGUGUUCCUGGAAAACGUGAUCCGUGACGCUGUGACUUACACCGAACACGCCAAGCGCAAGACCGUCACUGCCAUGGACGUCGUCUACGCCUUGAAGCGACAGGGACGCACUUUGUACGGAUUCGGAGGUUAAGAUAUUCGAUCGAAGAGCAAAUAGCAUCAUUCCAACGGCCCUUUUCAGGGUCAACACUUUAAUUUGAAAAGAACUGGUCUGAAUUCAUAUCAUUAAUGAUGCCAGAUAAGUGCUUGUUUUGGUGUCAUUUCGCUUCUAGCCAUAUGAAUGUCCAAAAAAAGUUUAUAUGUAAUCAUGAUUCAAAUGUUCUAAAAAAUCAUUAUUUUUACAAGAAUAAGAAAAUUAUUUUGGUAGAUUCGAGGUUUUUAACCUUAGACUGACAGAUACUCGGAUCGAAUUUCUUUUAAAUUUAAAAAUAAUAAAACAAAAUAAUUUUAUUUGAAA